GACUGCUGACACGACGACAAGACAACAAGAAACGGCAGACAAGACAAGCAAGCAGCAAGCAGCCCGCGACAAGAUGGACGGGAGCGACGAGCAACAGCAGCAACGGCAGCAACGGCAGCCAGAGGAGGAGGAGCAGGGGCCACAGGACGGAGGCGAGGCAGCCACCCACGGACAGCCUGCCGAACCCGUUGCUCGACCAGCGAAUGACAUCCGUGCAAAACGGCUGGCACGCUUGGCCAGGCUACAGUCAACACCACCGUCCAAACGGGCUGCACAGGAGGAUUCAGCGACGAGUGAGACGCCAAUUACAGCCAGCAAAGAUGAGAAAACCAACACCGCAACAGCGGCUGCAACCACCACAUCAAUGGACACCAGCAACACCAGCAGCAACACCAGCAGCGGCGACAACCCUUUCCUGAGCCUGACCCAAGACGAUGCAGCACCCGCCAAAACAGGUGCUUCACAGCAAGCUUCGCCAGCCAAAUUGCCAAAGGCCAUGUCGCCAUCUCGAUCAUCGCCAGCAUCAGCGGCAGCGUCAAACGUCCUGUACGAGUACGCACACGACUUUGCUCGCACCGUUCUCAAUGUGGAAUACAGAGACCAGGGCGACCUGUCAAUUGCACAGAUGCGUCUGUCCAACAGCGGCAGCGGUGCUCAGCCCGUCCCCUGCCCGCACCUGCUCCAGGAAUUCAAGGACGACACAGAGCUCGACGAGCGCAAGUUUGUCGACGCCAUCAUUAUGGCGCAUCUCCUUGCUGAUGCCCCCGCAGCUCCGAAAUCCAUCGCGUAUCUUGCACAAUGUUUCCACCGUGCCGCUGGCCGUCUGCGCGUGCUGCCUCCAAAGUCGCGGCUGCGGCGCCUGGCAGAACUGACGCAAGAGCUUGCAGCGAGCUAUGCAAACACGAUCCUCAUGCUGGACGAGCCCAUGUUCCCCGUGGACGCGGAGACGCGUGAUGCGCGCAAGUGGGUUGUGCAGGCGCUGCUGACAAAGGCGGAGCUGGGUCCGUUCCUCUCUGCUGUCGUGGACGUGUGUGCACAGGACGACCCAGCAGGCAUCGAAACGAUCUUUCUGCCUGUGCUGAGCGAGCUGUGUGAGAUUGCGCGGCAGACACGCGACAUCCAGCAAGCCCUGCCAGUCCUGCAGGCGUUCCAGGCGUGCUGCAGUCUCGGCACCGCCCACAAAGGGCAGCCCCUUCCCGUGGCACACGCGCUUGUGAUGCAUGCCAACUUCCUGCCCGACAGCGAGACGGCGGCGGCGGUGACAAACUCACCCAUCGGCGUCUUCCUCGAGCCAGGCGUCAUUCCAUCAGAGCAGCCAUUCCCGCUGCUUGCAUCACGGCCACGGUUCUCGGCAGCGUCGCUCUUUACCGUCAAGGACCGCAGGCUGCCGCCGUCUGUUGUUGAGUCGACGCAGUCCACGCUGCGGACAUCCCUCGCGCUCUAUCGACAGCACCUUGUCCAGACGUGCAAGGGCUUUCUCAGGACGGCUGAUGGGCGCCAGCGGUUCUUUGCGUUUCUGAAGAUUGCUUGUGCCGUGAAUGCAAAACGCGCACAGCUCGGGUCCCAGCUCGCUGGCGCAAACCUCAUGCUGUUCACGAAUUCCGACAACGUCGCCAUGAACCUCACCGUCCUCAUGAAGCAGCUGAGCCACAAGCUGGUCACGUUUGAUGCUGCGAAACUCAAGGCGAAGGCGAUUGAUUUUGACAUUCGCAUGCUCGCCAUGGAGGAUGCACCCAACGACACACAGAAGGAGACGCGACUGAAGGCGUCGGAGGAGGAGACGAAGAAGUGGUUUGAGGACACGCGGGCAGAGCUGCAGGCGUCCCCGCUGCCAGAGAAAACCAUUAUGCUGUCACGGCAGUUCUUCACAACGCUGCAUGUGCUGCACAUUGGCUUCCUGCCGGCAACAGCGCGCCUCAACGCCACAUACCGCUCUGGCCGCAGCCGGCUUGCCUUCAUUGACCGCGAACUGGCAGCAGCGAGGCAGCGCGGGGAGCAGGCUGCACAGCUUGCCGCACAGCUUGACACGCUCAUUGCUGAGCGGCUCGCGUUUGAGGCAGAUGUGCUCAACGAAGCGCUGCUGGGCGACUUGGUUGAGUUUUACGGCUUUGUCGCCGCGUGGCUGCUCCAAGUGGCUGGCGGAAACGACACCAUCCCGCUUCCUGCCGAGAUUUCGCCGCAGUGGGCGAACAUGCCAGAGUACUUUGUGUACGACGUGAUUGAGUUCUUCCUCUUCGUCGCAAGGAGUGCCCCGCAUCUGUUCACGUCGACGGCGGCAACGCCGUACAUCAUGCGCUUCUUCGUUGCCUUUCUCCUCAGCUCAAAGCACAUUCCCAUCGCCUUUGAGCGCUCAAAGAUUGUCGAGAUACUGUCGAGUCUGCUGCCUGACAAAGCACCCAACACGUCGUUCCUGUCUUCGCUGCUGCAGACGGACCUCGGCAUGAACCACCUUGGACCAGCGCUCAUGCGCUUCUACGUUGAUGCGGAGGAGGUGGACUACUACGCCCGCCCAGGCGUCCGCUACAAUCUCCAGCUCAUCCUCAAGUCAAUGUGGCAGAACCCGAAGAGCCGUGACGCAAUCAUCGCCAGCACGCAGGACGACGGCUUUGUUCGUUUCGUCAUGCUGCUGAUCAACGACACCACCCUCUUCUUUGACGAAGUGUUUGACUGUUUGGUGAAGAUCAAGAAUCUGAAGCGGCGUCUGGCGCAGGCAGAAUGGACUGACGAAGACCAGACACGCGAGGAGGCUCAGCAAGAGCUGCCGAAGCUCGAGAACCAGGCCAAGACACUGUCCAUGCUCGCUGGGGAGACGCUGCACUUCUUCAACAAUCUCUCUGGCGCUGUUGUCGACCCGUUUCUGCGGACGGAGGUGGUUGGUCGUCUCGCGGGCAUGCUCAACAGCAACAUCAGGUGGCUCUUUGGUCCACAAGCAAGCAAGAUGGAGCUUGACCAGCUGCGCGAGUACGACUUCAACCCCAUUGAAGUUCUGCGCCAGCUCGUCGCCAUCUAUCUUCACUGCUCCCGCAUCCCCACCCGUGGGCCCGAUAACCCAGACCCCAAGUUCAUCUCCGCUGUGAUUGAGGAUGCACGCUACGACCACUCGUUCCUCCUCAAGGCGCUCGCAACUCUCGAGCGAAACUCAACCGCUUACGAUGAUGUGAAGCACUUCCGGCAGCUGAUUCAAGUGGCCAAGGCUGCGCAUGAGGAGAUGCAGACGGAGGAAGCGGAUCUCGGAGACAUUCCCGACGAGUAUCUUGAUCCCGUCAUGUACACCUUGAUGAAGGACCCCGUGAAACUGCCGUCCAGCCAGACCAUCAUGGACCGCUCUGUGAUUAUCCAGCACCUCCUCUCAGAUCCCACCGAUCCGUUCAACCGCAGCCCACUCUCUGCAGAUGACCUCGUGCCAGUGCCCGAGCUCAAGGCUGAGAUUGAUGAGUGGCUGGCAGCCAAGAAGCAAGCAGCCAAGUCGCAGCCUUGAAUUGCCGAAACUUGUUUGAUGAUGUUCAUGAAUUUUCAGUAAACGAGCACAAUCCAACA